AUGGUGAGGAAAUCGAGAGCGGCAAUUUUGCCGACUAAUGUUAUUUUACUGCAAAAUUUGGUCAAAAGGGAUCCCAUGUCUUACCGGGAAGAAUUUUUGCAGCAGUAUUCGCACUACGAAUCCUUGAGAGAUAUCUUUAUGCUCAACGCUCUAGAGAGUCAAACCACUGGCGAUAGCAACACAAGACAAUUUGUGGAGCUUGUGGGCUUUGUGAGUCAGGUUUGCUCGUGCUAUCCAGAAGAAACUGCAACCUUUCCCAAUGAAUUAAAACAAUUGGUCUUGGACUAUCACAGGUCGUUGCCCUUUGAAGUGCGUGAAAAAAUAAUAUCGUCUCUCACUAUGUUGAGAAACAAAGGAGUGAUUUCCGCAGAGACACUAAUUCAGACCAUGUUCCCGCUUUUGGUGGCCUAUUCGUCCCACAGCAACGCUUUGGGUCACAACUCUCACGCCAAGGAAGUACGGAAGCUAGUCUACAGCACACUGGUCUCGCUGCUUAAGAGUUGCAACACUGGUGCCAAAAACCAGAAACUCAACAGAUCAACGCAAGCUAUCUGUUUUAACCUGCUCGACCAACCAGACUCGCAAGGUGUGUGGGCCGCGAGACUGACGCGAGAACUAUGGAGAAGGGGUAUCUGGGACGACUCCAGAGCCGUUGAAAUCAUGACACAGGCAGCACUUAACGAUGAUGUCAAAAUCGCGUACUCCGGUGUCUUGUUCUUUCUGGGAGCAGACAAGGAACGUGAGGAGAACUUUGAAGAAAAUUCUGACGAUGACGACAUUGACAUGGACGCACUCAGACAUAAAAUGCAGAUUAACAAGAAGAGUGGUAAGCGUGGUAAAAAGAUGGAAGCGGCUUUGAAAACUGUCAGGAAAAAAAACGCCGGUCCAAAAACACCCCAGGGCUACCUAAAUUUCAGUGCUAUCCAUUUACUUCGUGAUCCUCAAGGCUUUGCCGAUAAGCUGUUUGCGAAGCAGCUAUCCAGCAAGAACAACAACAGAUUUGACCUGGAUCAAAAGAUUGCGUUGAUGCAACUGCUUUCUAGAUUGAUCGGCACUCACAAACUUACCGUUCUCGGAAUUUACUCGUUCUUCCUCAAAUACUUGACUCCAAAACAGAGAGACGUUACCAAGAUUCUUGCCGCCGCAGCCCAGUCUUCGCAUGAUAUGGUUCCACCCGAAACAAUCGCGGUGUUGGUGCGUAAAAUAGCGGACGAAUUUGUUAGCGACGGUGUCGCUUCUGAAGUCGCAGCUGCAGGAUUAAACACUAUUCGUGAGAUUUGUUCUCGUGCACCUUUGGCCAUUGACGAAACGCUACUUCAAGACUUGACGGAGUACAAAGGAUCGAAGGCUAAGGGAGUUAGCAUGGCAGCCAAAGCGUUAGUGGCCUUAUAUCGUGAAGUUGCACCCGAAAUGCUUAAACGUAAAGAUCGUGGUAAAGUUGCUUCUAUGGACAUACAAGAAUCUAACCGUCAAGGUAAAGAUGUCAGAAGGCCUCAGUUUGGUGUCGAGAGUAACGUGCAAGGUAUUGCUGGUAUUGAACUUUUGGCUCAAUGGAAAAAGAAACAGGAAGACCUCAACGGCGAAGCUGAAGACGAAAAUGACGAUCGUAACUGGGAGGUUGAAGAUGAAGGCGAGGAAGAGGAAGAGAUUGAUGGCGAGUGGGUUACUGUCGAGAGCGACAAAGAAUACGAUGUUGACAUGAGUGACAGUGACGAUGAAGACGGCAAGCCCAAAGCAGACAAGGCAGAAGGCGAAGCUGCUGAAGCCGAAACUGGAAAGAUCGACCCUGAAACUGCAUUCAGAGAUUUGGCAUCUUCGCGUGUUUUAACCCCGGCCGAUUUCGCCAAACUUCAGGAAUUGAGAACUGAACAAGGUGUCGCACGGUUGAUGGGAGUAAAGAACGAAGAGACCGUGGACGCUGACGGACUAGUUGGUCCCCGUAAGCACCGCAAAGCUACUAAAGACGAGAGAAUUGCUAGUAUUAUGGAAGGUCGUGAAGGCAGAGAGAAAUUUGCCAGUCGCAAGAGUAAAAGAGAUGAGCAGAGGUCUACUACAAACCGUGAAAAGGAGCGUAAGAAGAAUUUUGUGAUGAUGAUCCACAAGAGGUCUGUGAAAGGAAAACAGAAGAUGUCGCUGCGUGAUCGUCAAAAGGUUCUGCGUCAACAUAUCACCAAGCAGAAGAAGAAGGGUCAUUAA